GGGAGAGUCGUGCGUAACUGGAGACAGAUUUCUCUCCAUUUUGCGCUCAGAUUUUGGGGACCACUGGUGGUGCAGCGCUUACUGGCCGCUGGAGCUUUGCAUAUUUUUUGCUCCUGAGUCUCUUUCUCCCUCCCUCUCUCUUUUAUCUACGCCAGCUGUACGUCAGAGCUGACAUGACAACCGAGACCACUCAGCAGCAGCUGGACCCUCCGCCUCCUCUGAGAUCCAGCCCGGCGUCCGGCGUCUUGCACCCCGCUAUGCUGAGCCCACAGGCCGCCACGGAAAGCGCUUCUGCGGGCGCCAAGGGGAAGAAGAGCAGCUCGGGUCUGAGGCGACCAGAGAAACCUCCAUACUCCUACAUCGCUCUUAUCGUCAUGGCAAUACAAAGCUCGCCGACCAAACGUCUGACCCUCAGUGAGAUCUACCAGUUCCUGCAGGCUCGCUUCCCGUUCUUCAGAGGUUCAUAUCAGGGCUGGAAGAACUCAGUCCGACAUAAUUUGUCACUGAACGAGUGCUUCAUCAAGCUGCCCAAAGGACUAGGCCGGCCCGGGAAAGGCCACUACUGGACCAUCGAUCCGGGCAGCGAGUUCAUGUUCGAAGAGGGUUCGUUUCGGCGCAGACCAAGAGGCUUCAGGAGGAAAUGCCAAGCCUUGAAGCCCAUGUACCGGAUGAUGAACGGCAUCGGCUUCGGCACCUCUAUUCUCCCGCAGAGCUUCGACUUCCAGGCUCCAUCCGCCACCCUUGCCUGUCACAGCAACAGCUACAACCUGGACAUGAUGAGCAAUUCGAUGGCUGGAGGAUACGACGGCCUGAGUGGGGGCCACCAUGUCCCCCACAUGUCCCCCAGCCCCGGAUCUACGUACAUGGCGAGCUGUCCCGUCCCUCCGAGCGGGGAGUACGGGCCGGACAGCAGCAGCAGCCCAGUCCCGUCCUCUCCGGCUAUGGCCAGUGCACUGGACGGCCAUUCCCCGUACGCCUCAACGUCCGCGCAUUGGGCUUCCUCCGGCGGCUCGCCCUACAUCAAACAGCAGUCCCUGGCCUCCAGCAGCCCGGCGUCGUCCGGUUUACACUCCGGCAUGUCGCCCUAUUCUCUGGAGCAGAGUUACCUCCACCAGAACGGCAGGGACAGCCACUCAGCUGACAUAUCAGUGGGCAUUCCGCGCUACCAGAGCCACUCCUCGGUGUGCGACAGGAAGGACUUUGUGUUGAACUUUAACGGCAUCUCGUCCUUCCACCCCUCGGCCAGCGGAUCCUACUAUCACCACCACCACCACCACCCGCAGAGCGUGUGUCAGGACAUCAAACCGUGCGUGAUGUGAGCUCGGACUCCCCGCAGAGGGAGGGAUGGGGGCUGGGGGGCACCGACGGUCACAGUGAAACUGCAGCUCCGUCACAUCUGAAGAAACAGAAGCAAAACAAGCGGACAUGUCAAUUUUGAAGGAUUCGUGGACGCAUCCGCGUCCACUUUCACAUGUUUGUCUUUUGAGUGCAACUUAAAUAUAUCUAUUUCUGUUGGACUUCAGGAGUAAAUGCAUUGAAGGAAACGAAUGAAGAAACCCCAGAGGCCUCUUUAGUAAAAACCACUUCGCCUUUAUGAACCCUGACGAGCUUUCUUCCUCCAAAGAAGCCUCAGAAACACCGACUGUUAAUGCGUUUGCCCUUGUAACACGCGCAAACUACUUAUAACCCAUGUAACUAUGAUUUUUUUGUUGUUGUUUUUACAUUAUUUGUAUAAGUACACACACAACGCUUUAGACUUCCAUGAACUGCAACAAAUCUUGCACUUAUUGUAUAACCAUUGCCAACUUUAUUUUUUUUUUUUUUGACUUUGUAAAAGGUAUCAAUAAAGCUGAUAUAUAUUUUA